AUGCCUCCUCGAAUUCAAUUCCUGGACGAGUCGAACGAGAUCCGGUCACAGUAUUCAGAUGAAGCAUAUCACCCGUUCCAUAGUCCUCCUGCUGCGCAAAGCUUCUCACCACACGCGCGUUCUUCUAUAAGCGGCGGGCACCACACAGGUACGCCGCCGACUUCUGUCAUAACACCUACAGAAGGACUCACGGUUUUGUCGCUUCUCAACACGGAAUCCCCAGCCCAUUCGCAAACUCCUGGGUUAUCUCCUACCUUCGAUCAUCAUGCGCAGCCUGUUACAUCGCAGCCUCACGAUCAACCUACCUUUGUCUAUCAGCAGGCCCCAGGUGAGCCCAUUCUUUGGCCACUCGAGCAUGAGCAGGAAGCUAUGUUGUUAGAGCAUUACAUCGAUAACGUAGCGCUGUUCUUUGACAUGAUCGAUACCGAGUGCCAUUUCGCGGUGCAUGUUGUUCAGCGAGCGAAGAAAGAUAGUACCUUGAUGAACGCGAUCCUAGCUUUGUCUGCUCGCCAGCUUAGCCGAACCACGGAUUUCGACCCGUACAUCGCCGAUGCCUACUAUCAGCGUUGUUUUGACACCCUCAUACCAGCGCUGAACGACAACAAAAUUGCCAAAGAGGACGAGUCAUUACUUGCAGCAACUAUCAUCCUGCGACUGAUGGAAGAGAUGAACAUUUCCAUCGUUGGGAACGACCCGCAAGGACAUCUGUUCGGCACCCAGGCUAUUAUACGUGCGGCUGAGCAGUCGUAUGCUGCAACGAGUGGGCCAAGCUUUCGGCAGGCUAUAUACUGGGCUGCUUUCCGACAGGAGCUGUGGAUCUCACUCAUGACACAGCGUGCGUUUCAAACGCACAUAUUUCCAGCUGAUCGAUCGCUAGAACCUGCCAACGACUCGAUAUGGGCCACACGUACCAUCGCCCAUCUUGGUGAUGUGUGCAAUUUUGCUUUUGGCGAAGACAGACACAGCAUCCCACGCUAUAGUCAGCUCAUGGACGAAAACCGAGCCUGGAGAAGUCGACGACCCGAUAGCUUCGAUCCAUUCUUCUACCGCCAGGAUCGAGACGGCAGCGGUCGGAACUUCCCAGAUGUCCGCUUCCACGAGAAAUCGCAUGUAUUAGGCACACAAUACAACACACUUGCCCACAUGCUACUGGUCGUGCAUGAUCCUACAAUCCCACAGCUUGGUCCAGCGCACAGACAGUCCCGCGUAAUCGUCGACAGAAUGGUGCAGGAAGAUGUUCGUUCUCUGUGCGGAGUUGCUCAGUCAAAUGGAAAGUUCUUUCCAUGCAAAUUCGUGGCCUGCUUUGCUAUUGCGUUGGUAGGCGACCGUUUCCCUAUGCGAGAGGAUCAAGAGCGAUUACGCGACUUGUGGUAUGCAUGCGAACGCUCACAUGGCUUUCCACCAACUGCUACGAUCCAGCAGUUAGAGGAGUCAUGGGGAUGGCACAACCACUGA